GGAAGGCGGAAGUGAAGAAAGUUUUGAGGUUUCACAUUCACGUAGAGAAAUGCGACGCUCUGCCAGCAAAGUCCGAGACACGUGAAGCGGAGGACGGGGGACGGGAGGGCGGAGAACAGAGCAGGGAAACUGUUCACAGCUCUGUGCCAAGAGAGGAGUGUGCUGGAGAGACACGGAGCCCCCGAGAACAAUCUGGAGCAGUUCUCACCACAGGUCCAGGUGCCAGAGGCAGAGAGAGCAGCAGGCGGCACCAAACACGUUGACAGCCACUAUUCUUCCCUUUUUCAACUGCCAGUUACUGCACUGAAGGACAAAACAAUCCCAAAGAGCCGGGGGGAGGGGAUCUCAGGAGUUCUCUCGUUGCUUCAAAUUCUCCAAAGGAUUUUAUAGCGACACCUUCACAGCAAUGGAGAAUGAAAUAACACUGGAAAAUGAAGCACAUGUAUAUGAAGUUGAGAUUGACAAACCUCACCCUUCCAGUAAUCAUUCAAAAUUUAGAGAAGUCCUCCAGUGGUCUAAUGGACAGUGUGUGUUGGCAGUGCCGAGUACCUCAAAGCUGAGCCCAAGGUUUGAUGUUUCCUUGUGCAGAGCUCUGCUGGGAAGGGAUGGCUUUCAGAUUCCCCCUGAGGAUUUGCAAAUACCGCUUCAGGAAGCGCUGGACUCCCCCUCUGUCCGGAGAUACCUCCUUUUCAGCUCUUCCGUCUUCCAGUUCUUCCUGGCUCCGGUGGUGUACGUGGUGGUGUGGUGUUGCCUGUAUUCCUCUGUUCACCUCUGUUUACGGCUGGACCUUAAAGCUUUUUGGCUCUUUUGCGGAUUGGUCAGCCUGGCUGCCGUCAUUGUUACCGCUGUUAUUAUACUCAUUCUCAACAACAGUAGCAAAAAGAUCAAUAUUAACACAGACGUUAGGCUGAUCCAAGUGAACGAGACGCUUCUAAAAUACAAGUUGCUAGUGGGCUUGGAUGAUUCAGAACACCGCUUCACCGGGACUCUUCAACUGUACUUUCUGUACUGGGAUCUCACGCCAUGUCUUGCCAGACUCUCAGAAACUCUGGAGAAAUGUGCAGGAGCGCAGUUACAGAACAAACUCCAAAGGAGAAUGUCAAAUCUUCGACUUGUGGUGGACAUGCCAGACCAUGACCUGGAGGAAAGGUCCACGCAGGAUGGAGGAUCUGAGGAAACAAGGCCCCUGCUGCUGGAGAGUCAGGGUAGAGGCUGCAGGACUGAAAGCCACCAGAGGGAGAUGCUCACCAAGAGCUACAGUCUUGUCCCAGACCGCUCGCUAUCUUCUCAGGCCAAAGCUUACCGUCUGCUGCUGACCUACAGUGCAGCCUAUGUAAAACUUACAAUGUCCAGCCGGCUUCCAGGGCGCACAGACUCCUCAGACUGCCCCCCUGAGUCUGAGAGUUGUCAUUGCAGCGUGGCCACCAUCUGCCUGUGCCAGUACAUUCAAAACAAUAUCCUAGGAUAAAGAGAGGCUGGCAGGCACACAGGCAGCAGAAGAAAGGAAAUAUGGAGGAGAAAGGCUUUGGACAAGCUUUGUGACUUAAUGGAGGAGAAAAACCCUGGACUUUGAUUUAAGGGUCACAGGUUUUGACAUGGGGGCAUUGCUGUUGCGUAUUUCACUGGGGACUUUAAAAACACGCAAUUCAGAAAAAUGUAAUGGUUGCAUAAAUUACAGCAACUGUAAUGACAAUCUAAAAUUAUGAACAUGCAGUACAAGUUUUACUUUUUACCACCCAAUAAGAAGUGGGUUGUAAAUGCAAUUGCAUUUUUUUCCCAUAUUAUCCCAGCACUUUGCGAAAUAGUGAAUUGAUCAUGCAUCUUCUCCUGUUUACACAUUUGUCCUGAUAUUUUAAUGAAUAUAUCACUAGAAUAGUGUAAAAUAAAUCUCUACUGAUAAAAUGAUGCCCCUCUGGGGGAAAUACAUUACCAUCAUGUGAUAUGUGAUGGUGCAUUUUUGAGACAACUUCUAGUAAACUUCCAUAAGUUUACUACAUAACAUUAAUGCUGUUUCUGGUAAACCUCUAGAAAGCUUCUACCUCAUAAAAACAUGAAUGAUUUACAAUAAAGCAGCUGAAGACAGAGAUGAU